AUUGACAGCUGUGGUAGCCAAUCCGUGUUUUGCUCCACGUCGGCAAGACUGAGGAAGAUGGACGCGGUGCUGCUGGACCCUUCACUGUACACAGUGAAAGCUGUUCUUAUAUUAGACAAUGACGGGGAGAGGCUGUUUGCUAAGUACUAUGAUGAGACUUAUCCCUCGGUGAAGGAGCAGAAGGCUUUUGAGAAGAACAUCUUCAAUAAAACACAUCGGACAGACAGUGAGAUUGCUCUCUUGGAGGGCCUGACCGUGGUGUAUAAGAGCAGCAUCGACCUGUACUUCUAUGUCAUUGGAAGCUCCCAUGAAAAUGAGCUCAUGUUGAUGGCUGUCCUCAACUGCCUCUUUGACUCAUUAAGUCAGAUGCUGAGAAAAAAUGUUGAGAAGAGAACUCUGCUGGAGAACAUGGAAGGGUUGUUCCUGGCAGCUGAUGAGAUUAUAGAUGGCGGUGUCAUUUUGGAAAGCGACCCCCAGCAAGUGGUUCAUCGCGUUGCCCUGAGGGGUGAUGAUGUGCCUCUCACAGAACAGACCGUCUCACAGGUUCUGCAGUCUGCAAAAGAGCAAAUCAAGUGGUCACUUCUACGAUAGCUGUAACUUCCUGACCAAGUCCUGAUCAUUCCAUCUUGAAGGGAGGGCUCGCCCGAGUCCCACCUACGCUCCAUUGUUUUUAUUGUAUAAAAACCUUACGUUUAGGGCAGUAGCACUGAAGUGUAUUAGACAUUGGCAGACAUAAUAACGUCUGGCACUGCAUGUGCAUUUUUGGAUGCCUUUGUACUAGAGAAGUCUUUCCUCAUCCCAGAAUCUUUCAGUGGUUCAUUCUGUUUGUGAACAAUAUAAUUAUAUUAAUGCUACCGUUAAGAGUACAACUACACCAUGUUACUGCUCUUUCAAUAUUAAUUCAGAUGUGACAUUUUACACCUAAAUUAUAGUUUACCCUAUUAAACGGGUUGUUUAGGAUUUUACUAUCUGAUUAGUGGGGUCCGACACUCCAAAACCCCCUACUGAUCAUUUAUUUGUGGGUAGCUUCAGUACUGGAACUACGUGUAGUAGAUGAAGCUGGCUACUGCAGUGCUGCUCACAUUGAAGUGAACCAUUUCCACCUACUGUACUACAAAAUGGACAGGACAGUGUAGUUCUACCUUUUAAAACAGCUGAUCAGCAAGGGUGCAGUGUGUCAAACCCCCACCCAUCAGAUAUUUAUGGCCUUUUUAGAGGAUAGACCAUCAACUGUAAAAUCCUGAACUACCCCUUUAGGACUAAAGUUAAAAGCUUCAUACUGCACAUGCACGUUCUACAGCUGCUCAUAGUCCGGGGAACUCAUUACUGUUUAGAAGUAAAUAAAAUAUUUCCUAGUGGACCAAUAUAGGAAGGCACAUGUAAGUACUUAAAGCAGUUAUGCAAACAUAUAUGCUGAUUUCACAUCGGCGCAAAGUGGCACCACUGAGUUGCUGUGACAACUGUCCAAAGGCCUGCAAUUAUUGUCUAGGUUUUCUAAAUUAGAAUAGGACCCAUGCACGGUACUCACUGGGUGCAGCUGUACCAAGCAGCAUGCAGUGGCACCUCUCUGCAACCAAUGUCGUGCUGAGAAUAUGCCUGCACAACCCCUUCAGGUAACUUUCUGCUUCUGAUCUCGAUAUUAGACCGGCAGUGGGCUGGUUCCUCCUUACACUUUGUAAUGUGCUGUACAAUUCCAAACUCUACAAUGAGUAAUAAAUUACUGAUGAAAUAA